AUGGCUCUUCGAAUAUCAGCAAAGCGCGGAGUGGCUGCUUUACAGUCCGGCAAUAUCUCUGUGUCGAGUUCUAUACUCAGGAGAAAUGCCUCUUCCUCGACGACGACGAAUCUUCCUGAGGAAAUCAAAAGCGAGAUCUAUAGGGAUGCUCGAUUACCAAACCCAGAUCCAGCCUCAGACUCUGCGACCUCCUCCCUCGUGAACGAACAUGCACCGUACAUGGUGAAGACCUACGCCCGCCCUCCCCCGAUGUUCGUCAAGGGUGAGGGCUCCUAUCUCUGGGACAUCGAGAACCGAAGAUAUCUUGAUUUCACCGCGGGGAUUGCGGUCAAUUCCCUUGGACACUGUGAUCCAGAAGUCAGCAAGCUGAUUUCCCAGCAAGCGAAGACAUUAAUGCAUGCUUCGAACCUAUACUAUAAUCCUUGGACCGGCGCCCUUUCCGAACUACUCGUGAAGAAGACUGUUGAAGCGGGGGGUAUGCACAAUGCGUCCGCAGUCUUCGUCUGCAAUUCCGGCUCCGAAGCCAACGAAGCUGCUAUAAAAUUCGCUCGGAAGUCGGGGAAGGUCCUGGACCCUUCCGGCGAGAAAUAUGAGGUGGUGUCUUUCAACAAUAGUUUCCAUGGCAGAACAAUGGGAAGCUUAUCCGCGACGCCCAACCCGAAGUAUCAAAAGCCUUUUGCGCCUAUGCUUCCCGGGUUCAAGUAUGGGACAUACAACGAUGUGGCUGGGAUCAACGACUUGGUGACGGAGAAGACGUGCGGAGUCAUCAUAGAACCAAUUCAAGGUGAAGGCGGCAUCAUCGUUGCCACAGAAGAAUUCCUCGUCGCCCUCGCAGCACGAUGCAGAGAAGUUGGCGCCGUUCUUAUCUACGACGAAAUCCAAUGCGGGCUUUCUCGCACCGGGACCUUCUGGGCCCAUUCCUCGCUCCCAAAAUCCGCUCACCCAGAUAUCAUAACCACGGCUAAAGCACUAGGAAACGGCUUCCCAAUAGGCGCUACUAUCGUCUCUGAUUCUGUGUCCGAGAAGAUAGCCGUUGGUGAUCAUGGGACUACCUUUGGCGGGAACCCAUUAGGAAGCAGACUGGCACAUUAUAUUGUCUCGCGACUCUCAGAUCCAGCACUCCAAUCCUCCGUCAUUGCUAAAUCAGAGAUCUUCAUGAAGCAUUUUAAGGAGUUACAGUCCCAGUAUCCGGACUUAAUCAAGGAGAUUAGAGGCAAAGGGUUGAUUCUGGGCUUGCAGUUAAGCCAAGAUCCGGGACCGAUUGUGAAUGCUGCGAGAGAAAGGGGGCUCUUGGUUAUUACUGCGGGUACAAAUACGCUGCGUUUUGUGCCUAGUUUGACAGUUACAGAAGAGGAGAUUGAGGAGGGCUUCCAGAUUUUAGGGGCGGCAAUUAAGGCUGUUAGUGGCAAGGCGGGUUCGGCAUCUUGA